AAUCGCCCGAGUCGAGUUUAAUUCGCUCUAUCUCGUCCCGUGACUCGUCCCUUCCUCCGCAAAAACGCUUCUUCAAUUCGUAGUUCAAAUUCGUCCCUCGACGCCUAAAGAUGUGUUCCGACUUCGCUUAAGCUCUACCUCCAUUUUCUCCGGUCUAAAAAAUCGACAAAACCGGCAAAAAAAAUAUCGCCUCCGAUUACGAAAGUUCUCAGCUUCUUAGCACUCUUGUAGAUUGAGGCUGCAUUGGUUUGUGGAACUGUUAAAGUUUGAAGCUUUUAAAUGGUUUAACAAUGGCUCCACCUGGAUCGAUUGGAGUGGUUGACCCUGGAUGGGAGCACGGUGUUGCACAAGACGAGCGGAAGAAGAAGGUUAAAUGCAAUUACUGUGGAAAGAUUGUUAGUGGAGGGAUAUACAGAUUGAAGCAACACUUGGCUCGAGUUUCAGGAGAAGUUACUUAUUGUGAUAAGUCUCCAGAGGAAGUAUGUCUGAGGAUGAAGGAGAAUCUGGUGCGUUCCACCAGAAAGCUGAGGCAGUCUGAGGAUAAUAGUGGGCAGUCUUGUUCCAGUUUCCAUCAAUCUAACAAUGACGAUGAAGCGGAGGAGGAUGAGCGGCCCUGCUGGUCUAGAAGAAGUAAGGGAAAGCUAGGCUUGAGUGAUGGGAGUCUUCUUCGGUCUUCAGGUUAUAUUGAUCCUGGAUGGGAACAUGGUGUUGCUCAGGACGAGAGGAAAAAGAAAGUGAAAUGUAAUUACUGUAACAAGAUUGUGAGUGGCGGUAUUAACCGUUUUAAACAGCACCUGGCGAGAAUACCUGGAGAGGUAGCGCCGUGUAAAAAUGCUCCCGAGGAGGUUUAUGUUAAGAUCAAAGAGAAUAUGAAAUGGCAUCGAGCUGGGAAGAGGCAGAAUAGACCUGAUGAUGAAAUGGGAGCUUUAACUUUCAGAACGGUCUCUCAGGAUCCUGAGCAAGAAGAAGACGGAGCAGAUCAUGACUUCUACCCAAUCAGCCAAGAUAGGUUGAUGCUGGGAAAUGGAAGGUUUAGCAAAGACAAAAGAAAAAGCCUUGAUUCAAUGAACAUGAGAUCUGUCUCUGAAGCAAACCCAAAAAGAGUGAGGAUGAUUCCGUUUCAGUCACCUUCUUCUAGCAAGCAGAGAAGACUAUACUCUAGCUGUUCAAACAGAGUUGUAUCACGGAAAGAUGUCACAUCCUCCAUUUCCAAAUUCUUCCACCAUGUAGGAGUUCCCACAGAAGCAGCAAAUUCUCUGUACUUUCAAAAGAUGAUUGAAUUGAUUGGUAUGUACGGAGAGGGUUUCGUUGUGCCCUCGAGUCAUCUGUUUUCUGGUAGGCUUUUGCAGGAUGAAAUUUCAACAAUCAAAAGCUACUUGAGGGAGUACAGGUCUUCUUGGCUGGUUACAGGUUGUUCUAUAAUGGCAGAUACUUGGACCAACACAGAGGGCAAGAGAAUGAUCAGUUUCUUGGUCUCGUGCCCUCGUGGUGUCUUCUUCCACUCUUCGAUUGAUGCCGCUGAUAUAGUAGAAGAUGCUUUAAGCCUUUUCAAAUGUCUAGACAAACUAGUUGACGACAUUGGCGAGGAAAAUGUGGUGCAGGUUAUUACACAGAACACUGCUAUCUGUAGAAGUGCUGGGAAAUUACUUGAAGAAAAGAGAAAGAAUAUGUAUUGGACUCCUUGCGCAAUGCAUUGCACAGAACUGGUUCUUGAAGACAUCUCAAAGCUUGAAUUUGUAUCCGAGUGCUUAGAGAAAGCCCAAAGAAUCACAAGAUUCAUUUACAAUCAAACAUGGCUGCUUAAUCUCAUGAAGAACGAAUUCACUCAGGGACUAGAUCUUCUUAGACCAGCAGCCAUGCGCCACGCUUCCGGUUUCACCACUCUUCAAAGUCUUAUGGACCACAAGGCCAGUCUCAGAGGUCUGUUCCAAUCUGAUGGCUGGAUUUUGUCACAGACCGCCGCCAAGUCUGAAGAGGGAAGAGAAGUGGAGAAGAUGGUGUCAAGUGCUGCGUUUUGGAAGAAGGUUCAGUAUGUUUUGAAAUCGGUUGAUCCGGUGAUGCAGGUGAUUCACAUGAUCAAUGAUGGUGGCGAUAGACUAUCUUUGCCAUAUGCUUACGGUUACAUGUGCUGUGCGAAAAUGGCGAUCAAGUCUAUUAAUGGCGAUGAUGCAAGGAAAUACGGGCCGUUCUGGCGUGUGAUAGAAUACCGUUGGAACCCAUUGUUUCAUCAUCCUCUCUAUGUGGCUGCAUAUUUCUUCAACCCGGCAUAUAAAUAUCGUCCUGAUUUUAUGGCGCAGUCUGAGGUUGUUCGUGGAGUUAACGAAUGCAUUGUUAGGCUUGAGCCUGAUAAUACGCGUAGAAUCACAGCAUUGAUGCAGAUUCCGGAGUAUACUUCUGCAAAAGCUGAUUUUGGAACGGAUAUAGCCAUUGGCACAAGAACAGAGCUUGAUCCAGCCGCUUGGUGGCAACAGCAUGGGAUAAGCUGUUUGGAACUUCAGCGAGUGGCGGUUCGGAUACUGAGCCACACGUGCUCGUCUGUUGGGUGCGAGCCUAAGUGGAGCAUGUACGACCAAGUUAAUAGUCAAUGCCAGAGCCGGUUCGGGAAGAAAUCAAUGAAAGAUCUAACUUACGUUCAUUACAACUUACGGCUCAGAGAAAAACAGCUGAAGCGACGGCUACAACAUGACGAUGGACCACCACCGAGUCUUAACUACGCAUUGCUGGAUCAGUUGCUCCCGGAAUGGCUCGUGGCAACUGGGAAGGACGAGGAGGAGACUUUGCAAGGGGAAGAGAGGGCAGAGAACGAAGACCAUGAAGACGAUGAGGACGAGGAGGAGAACUGUUAUAACAUGGGAUCUGGUAACGUUGACGGUGAAGGUGAAGACAAUCUUGAUCUUUACGAUGAUGAUCUUAGCGACGAUGAUUAAUUAGUGUCACUUUAGUGCUACGGUUCUAACGAACACUAAAUGUAUUUUGAAUUCUAGCAUUGUAUCCUUAAAUAAAUAUACAUUCGAAAAUAUGAUGAAUUUUGUUGGGGAGAAGAUAAAAAUUAAAGUAAUAUUAUUA